AUGAAAAAUGGACCACCCCUGUAUUAUGGACCGACUUUCAGGGAGGAAAGAGGAGAUUCAAAAUCUGAUGAUUCCAACAACAACGACUUGCACAUUUUGAAAGAUGAAGAAUCCGUAGAUAACAUCAGCUUCCCAGAACUAUCAGUGGAAUCAAUAGCAUCUGAAGAAUUAAGAAACCCAGUUUUGAAUAAAAUCACAACAUGCGACACGAUAGAUUCGCCAAUCAGACUAGAUACAUCAGAACAAAAACCAUGCGGCUUUUCAUCACUUAAAACUGAAACAUUUGAUAAUAAUUUCAAAGAUAUACAUAGAUUGAAACGUAAGCAUGAGCUGUUGGCUCUAUCGAAGAGAACAUUAUACAGUAAACUGUACACACCAAAGCUGGAAGCGUUACAGAGACUGGUGGAGCCGGGAAAAUAUCUGAUAAACAACCAUUUUGAUUAUCAAGAUAAGAACCUAUCCACAAGUUCAUAUACAAAUUAUAAGGGUUACCUUCCAAAUAGACUGGAUUUAAAUAACUCAGAGAGUCUAACAAAAGCAGAUGAUAUCGACCCAUUAUAUACAUUUGAUUCGAGGUCAGACACAGCAUUUGCAAGCUCAAACAGAAACACAUUAUCGGAUUUGAACUCAAAUUUUGACUUCCUAGACUUUGAAAAAAUCACGAAAGAGUCUAGGGAAGUAUCCUUUGGAGACGCUGAAUCGUUUAAUAAGCCACAACUGGAUUCAUUUCAAGUUGAAACGUAUACUUUGAAUGAACACUCGCCCAGAUCGGAAUAUAAAGAUAAUUAUAAAAGUAUAACUAAAAGACAAGAAUCUGUAGAAAAAUCAGAUGUAUUAGAAAAAACAAAACAACAGACGCCAAAUAUCCUAACGUUGAAAUCGUGCGACGAAUAUGUAAAUGGAAGGAAAAAGAAAAGAGUACAAAUACCAGUAAAUGCAUAUAAAUCAACACUAUCUAGCGAUGGAUCAAUAGAUAAGUCACAUAAAAUAGUACUGAAGUUUGUAUCACACGAUUCAGAAGAUUUCGACUACGAGCCGAAAAACCUACUAGAACUUAUAGAAGAAAGACUUGAAAGUAUUGCAAAUUCAACAGAAUUGUAUGGAGACAAAAUAAUUAACCCGGAAUUUAUAAUUGAACAAUUAGAGUCACUUAGACCACCAAAUAUGGAUAGAGAAUUGUUUUUAUUGUUAUGCCUUAAGCCAAUUGGGAUGGGAUAUAAUGAAUAUUUUAAAAUUUUUAGCGAAAAUGACUUCGCAGAAUUAUUAAACCAGCUGUACAAUUUUAAUUUACUGAACACCAACGCAAUGGGAUAUGUACUUGAUGCAGAAUAUGAAAUACUAAAAGAGUUCAAUCGACUGGGAAGAAUUCACCAAAAGUUGAUCAACGAGGAUAUAAUAUACUCAAAAAUCUUGGCAACAAUGCAAGAAAACUUCAUGUCCCAAGCAGAAGAUUUACUCAAGACAACGAGACAGGAUUUGAGACUGGAAGUAGGAUACUCUCACCUUAGGUGGGGAAGAAUUAAAAAUGUACUAUCGUGGAAACCAGGAGACCCUAUACUGAGAGAGAAGGGCUUUGUACAGGACAUGGCCUCAACAAUUAAGAUGAAAACAUUACAAAGGAUGGAGCAGGCGUUUGGAACACAAAACGCAGCCUCAGCAUACUCACCAAGCUCACAAUUACCAGCAAAUGAAGCACACUAUAUCUAUUACAUUAAGACAUUGCAAAGCUUGGAGGAGACUGAACAAGAAAUGUUACAGUUACAAGUGUCUAGAGACAGAAUGCAAACGUUAUCAGAGUUUUCAGUGAUUGGACCAUACCACAAGCCAGAAAAUUCACUGCCAUGGAAGUGCAUAGGACUCUCCUGUAAUUCAGUAGUGUGGAAGAUGUAUAAUACGGUCGAGUGCACACCUAUAGUGUACAAAUUCAGAACAUUAAACGACAUUACACCAGAAGAAGCAAAAAAAUUAGGGCAUUUGUACAACUCUGUUCUGGAUAAAUUAAAAGAAUUGAAGUUGAAAGUGCCAAAGAAGAGUCAAAUUCUAUUCUCAAAUUCAGUGAAAGUCCAUAAAAACUGCGUGGUUGAGCAAAUUCAGUUCAUUAAACAUUCUCCAUUCUCACUCCUGCUUGAAAAGUCCUCUCAGUUCAAUUCAUCUGAGAGAUUGAGGCAAACACAAGUGGUAAUAAGAGAAGUGAUAAGGAUGGUCAAUUACAUGAAGGACUUGAAAUUCAUUCUUCCACUAAAGUCAAGUAGAAUUUACUUCAAUAAUGGAGGAGUUAUACUAUCAGGAGGAUCGCUUCUCGGAACCUGGGGAGUUUCACUCCUUAAAAAACACUCUGUACAAACUAUCGCAACUCUUCUAUGGGGGAAGAACAUUGAAUGGUAUUUUCAUUUUAAUGGAUCUCUGUACCUACCACCAGAGUCUGAAGGAGAUCCAUCCUACACACAAGACCCUUUAAUGGUCUCGAAAGCACACACUUGGAUGAUAGGUAAAUUGUUAUAUGAGUCAAUUUGCUUGUCAACAACGAACAAAAAUGAACUGGACUACUCUAAAAUUGAACUCUGUGAACACGAAGAUACAAAAGAAUUUAUGAAGAUAUGUCUGGAGCAGAACCCAGAUAAUAGACCAACAAUAGAAGCAUUAAUGGCAUUGCCAUAUCUCAAAAAGGUCAAAUUGAAUUAUGGAACUUUCGUUCCUAUGGAUGUACCCAAGGUCAGAUGUGCAGUGGAAUUCCUGGGAGAUAUAGAGACGAUUGUGCUGAAUAAAAUGAGAAAAACUGAAAAGGGAGUAGCAGAUUACGAACAAUACGACGAAGGCGAGAUCAAGUUCGUAGAAAGUAACGGUUAG